AUGUCGUUCAUUUCAUCUUUUAAAUAUGUUUCUGAUAAAUUCAAGUCAAAUAAGCACGGAAAAUAUACUCCAAUUAAUGAACAGGUUAAUAUUACAGCUAGUAGUAGUAAUAGUGGGAGCGGUAAUAUUGAAGUAGAAAAUAUCAGAGAACCAUCAAAUAUACCAUUUAGAAUAAUAACAUCAUUAACAGUUUCAGUGAUUAGUCUUUUAUUAUUAUCAUUAUCAACAAAAAACAAGGAUUUGGUCUCACCUACAGCAUAUUUUUAUUUUGUUAUAUUUUUGGUGGGUAUAUCAGGUGUAACAACUGGUUAUUUACAAAAUGAUACAUUUGGAACUGCUGCUCAAAUUUCACCUAAAUAUACUCAGGCUGUUAUGAGUGGUCAAGGAUUGGCUGGUUUGGGUGCAUCAAUUUCACAAAUUUUCAGUAUUUUGAAUUCUAGACAAUUAACAAACUAUGGUGAUGAUGAUGUGGAAUUAUCGAAUAGUGCAUUUAUUUAUUUUUUAAGUGCAUUUAUAAUUCUCGUAAUUUCACUAAUCUCAUAUGUCAUAUUGACAAAAUUACCAUUGUUUCUGUAUCAUCAUCAAAAUAAAAACAUUAAUGCUAUAAUUGAGGAAGAAGAAAGUGAAGAACAGUCUUUACUAAAUAAAAAUUUAUUCAACAUCACAUUUACAAAAAUAAUUAGAUUAGUAUAUUCAAUAAUAUUUGUAUUCAUGAUCACAUUAUCAUUGUAUCCAUCUAUCACAACUUCUGUCAAGUCAACAGUAAAAGAUGAUGAAAGAUCAGGUUAUCAAAAGGAUUAUCUAUUUAUACCACUACACUUCCUGAUGUAUAAUUUUGGUGACUUGUUAGGGAAAAGCUUACCAAUAAUCAAAUUCUUUGCUAUUAAAAAUAUAGAUUUGUUGAUGUUGAUGUCCACAUCACGUAUCAUAUUCAUACCAUUAAUAUUAUUAUGUAAUAUUGAUAUUGGUGAUAAAAGAUUAUUUCCAUUAUUAAUAACAAAUGAUUUCUUAUAUUUCUUUAUUAUAAUUUUAUUCUCAUUUUCAAACGGUUACUUGGCAUCUUUAAUUAUGAUGACAGGUCCACAAAUUCAAAAUGUUAAUAAAGGCUUAGCUGGAACACUUUUAACAUUUUGUAUGGUGCUUGGUUUAACAAUUGGUUCACUAUUAUCAUUUCCUAUGAGAUCUUUAAGUUGUGGUGGGUGUAAUCCUUUCAUUAAUUAG